UUUGGGGUGGCCCUGUCUUGCUGUGCACAACCCUGUGUAGUUCUGUGCUUGAAGAGCUACGCUCCCACUUGGCUUCAUGCUUAUUUGAUGGAUCUGAUUUAUUUUUGAGUAUGGCAUAUGGUGUAAGUAUAGUACUAUGUGAUCAGUUACUGUGUACUGACAAGCAGCCACCUUCCUGUCCAAUUGAUGCCACAAGAGAUGGUGGCCCUCUGAAAAUGGUUGGAAUAAUAAUGGUGGUGUACCAGUAUGUGCUACUGGUAUGUGACUUUGUGCAUCUCAUUGUUCUAUCGGCAUUUCUGAUGUUAAAGUCUCUAUGGCAAUUAAUGUUUCCACUCCCACUCAAGGCUAUCACUGGAGAAGUUGUUCUGGUGACUGGAGCUGGUCAUGGAAUUGGUCGAGAACUGGGGCUCCAGUUCGCACGUUUAGGAGCUAGAGUUGUGUGCUUGGAUAUUAAUGAGGCUAACAACAACAAAACUGUAGCGGAUAUUGGAAAAGAAGGUGGAAGUGCUUGGGGUUAUAGAUGUGAUGUCAGUAGUAAGGAAGAUGUCCAUGCAGUGUCAGACAAGAUCCGUAAAGAUGUAGGAGACGUAACCAUCCUGGUUAACAAUGCUGGCAUCAUGCCAUGCAAGCCCUUCCUUAAACAUACUCCUGAAGAUGUUCACAACAUCUUCAAAGUCAAUGUGUUUUCUCAUUUUUGGACUGUUCAAGAAUGGUUACCAUCUUUUGUGGUAGCUGGCCGUGGUCAUGUUGUUGCCGUAUCUUCCAUAUGUGGCCUUAUGGCAACAUCUAACCUUGUUCCAUAUUGUUCAUCAAAACAUGCUGUAAAAGGUUUGAUGGAUGGUCUGACAGAGGAGAUGCGGUAUGCCGGCAGGAAUCCAGACAUCAAGUUCACCGGUGUUUAUCCAUUUAUUGUAGACACCGGUCUUGCUAAGAAACCACGUAUUAGGUUUCCAUCAUUUAACCCCAUCCUCACAGCAGAGUACUGUGCCACCAAGAUAAUUGAAGGUGUUCGCAGUGAAGAAGAGAUUGUGUGCAUCCCUUCCAAGGAUUAUUAUGGACACAUUCUUAUGCAUUUGAUUCCUCGACGAGUGCGAAGAGCAUUUCUGGACUUCAUGGAUACAGGAGUGGACGAGGCUGACAAAUAAUCACAAAAAUGUUUGCUUGCAGAAUUAGUGGCCUCGAUUAAAAUAAAUUUUCUUACUGUGCAUCAUCGUAAAUCAGAGCAACUAUGAGGUCACACGGUUACAGGUAUCUCUUCCUUAACCUCCUCUCCUUUCCCAGCACCACCACCACCACAACAGGCAGCUAUACACCACUAACUGGUGAGUGAACUGCUGGAAAAUGAGGCAAGGGCUCUGAAUUAUAUGUUACAUUAUUCCUAGUGCCAUUAUUCCAGGAGCAAAAAAAUUUUUUAGGUUUGUGAACAAGGAAGACAUUAUGAUGGAAAGGAGUGAUAAGGGUGGUGAGAUUAGCAAGGAAAUAGGGAUCAGAAAUGUGACAAAAAAUGUGAUGCACGUCAAGGACAGUGAAUACCCAAUUAAGAUAAACACAACUACAUGGGAGUAUUAUGCUGUAUGCCUUCAGCAUAAGGCAGUUAAGGACACUGAAGUUGGAGUAGGAACAGCAACGUAGCACUUACACCAGUAAGUGAGGAAGUAGGAUGAAGAGAGAGAAUAAUGCAGAGGAGAUUCAGAGACUCAGACUGAAAUGAAGAACUCUUGAAAAUUUCUCUCGGAAUAAUGCAAGGAAUAUGCAGAACAGUGAAAACAGAGAAGAUGCUUUCUUCUCACGACUUGAUAAUGGUCCAGGACAGACUGACUCUCUUCUCCAUUUUCUGAGUUGUGGUUUGGUCAACAUUUUUUCAGCCACAUUAUUGCAAGUCAUUAUCUGCACAAGAUGAACAAGAAUAGCUUCUUUAAAAUAAGGCAAGACAUAGAAACCCAAGGAAGUAUUCGGUACAAGUGGUUAACAGUGGGAACACAUUGAUGAUAAGGUGGAUGCCAUAGCAUAUUUGCUAUUAAAGUUGUGUACUAACACAACCUGAAGGCCAAGAGAUUGGAAAAGCUGGUACAAAACGAGCUAGGAAGCGAGGUGUGAAGAGUUUAACCUUGUGCUCCAAAGUUACGGAUAGCAAGCCCUGAUAUUUCUUGUAGUUGUACAAGGAGUUUGUACAGAUAUCAUUUAUCUGUGAUGUUUUGUUGCAAUAUUUAUAUAUUUUAGCAUUGCAAAUCAAAAAAAAAAAAAAAAAAAAAGAGCUGUGACUAUAAUAAAUGGAAAAUGUAUU